AUGCAACCAAUGUACAUACAACCUGUUGGCUCAGUUACCUUCUCAAAAAGCAGAAGUGGUACAUCUCCACAGAAUACCACACAAAUAGUUUUCAGUUCAUCUUCUGCAACUGUAUGCAUGUAUGACUUACAUAAAGUUGAAUGCUUCCGUGAAAGUCCGAGUUGGACGCGUCAGUUUACAUGGAUACCUGCUCUGCAUUUAAGGAAACUGUUAGAGAAUGUCACAGAUUCUCCUGGUGAUUUGUGUAAUUGGCAUAUUGUGAAGGUUAUGUUUGUAAAUACUUCAACAACAGCAAGACAGUCAUUAGCUGUUAUACUCGUGAAUAUCAGUCAUAAUCGUUCCCUCGUUUGCUUUUUUCGUUCACUGAGCUCAACAAAAUGCAUCAUAUCUAUUUUGAUACAUGGAGUUUUAACCACAUUGGAGUGGUUACCAUUAGUCGAUAUGACAUACAAAACGCUGGAAUCACACUCAUUAACAUCUACAACAAUGGAUAUGGACAAUGAAGAUACUACUAUAGGAGUUAGUAAAAUUUCUGUUUUGUCAGUUUUCGAUGGUUGCUUCGCUCUUGGAUUCCAACAGGGUCUUGUAGCUCUAUUAGAUUUAUGCCUAUCACAUAAUCGUGAUGAAAAGCAGAGUGACAAACCUGAAAUGUCAAUUGCAGUUGAAAGAUCACAAUGUUUGAAUUGUGUCUCGUGUAAACAACCAAUCUCUCAGUCAUUCAAAAAUAGUGUAGAACACGCUUUAGUAUAUCUUGAUGCCUCUGUUCUUCGUUGGAAUGAUUUCACCUAUAAAUCUGUCAGUGGAAAGACCUUAUCUUCAAUUCCAUCUGCCGGCGUUUAUGUUUCUGCGUUAAGCUACAUUCCACAAGUACAAGGAUUGGCAGUUGGCUUUAAUUUUGGUGGCUGGCAAUUAUGGUCACUGAAUCGGUUAAAUAUGGAAUUUUGUUUACGUCAAGCUACUCCAGCUACACCAGUGGUGAAUUUCAGCUUUUUAGAACCAUCUGAUGACCCAAGAUAUUGUUGUUUUAUAUGGGUUGGUUGGCAGUCGUCGAGAUUGGAAAAUGAAUCUGGUGUAUUCAAAUUCACUGGGAAACAAGAUUCUUCUAAUUUUCAAAAUCCCACAGUCAAACUGUUCCAGUUGUCCUACAGGCGUCGUUAUGAACUAGUGUCUCAUAAACACAAGGGAUAUAAUUUUUAUUAUCAGGAGUUGAUUGGUAUCGCAGAACGUUUGUCUACUACACUAUCUGGUAACAGAACAGACGACACUAAGCCUCAAUAUCCAUCCACAUUGCUUUCUGUUCAAUCGCUUCAUGGACUUGAUGAUUUUAUUGUAGACAAUAGUAAUCAUCCUCAUCCUCAUCAUUACCAUCAUCAUCAUCAUAGCUCAGUGAAUCAUUCUAUUGGAACAAUACGCUUGAUUGCUUUUAUGUGGAAAUUCUCUGAAUCCAUUAUUCGUAUUGGUCUAUUCGACUUAGAUCGAUGGUAUCAUGCACAAAUGCCAACGUAUAUAAGGUCUGAUAAUACAUUCAUUGCCAUUUUCGAUACGUCUAUUCCAGUUCAAAAAGCUCAAUUAUUACAUACCUACUUGAUUGAAUCAAGUCUAAUGUCAUUUUGGAGUCGUGUAGUUCAACGUGAAUCUAGUCUAAUUAAAUGUUGUGAAGCCUAUCCUCCGUCAUUAGUUUAUCCUGCUUCAAAGUUUUCAUCGAAUGGUAGUGUUAAGCGAAUGUCUAUAGUCAAUGGUGCUGCUGGUGGUGGUGGUGGUUGGGGUAGUAAACGUCCAAGACCAAUACCAGAAGUAUUUCUACGACCAUCGUCAUUAUCCUUUCAUUGUCUUGUAUUAUGGACAGAUGAUGCAAUAGCUGCUGCUGCUAAUAACAAUACUACUUUAAAUUUUUCUUUUACUGCUACUCGUAAUCCUUCUUCGCAACAACAUCAACAAUAUGAUGAUUGCCUCUACAAUCUAAGUCGAAUAGCUUUUACAUCACGUCAAGAAGAAUGUUUGUUACAAUUAAGUAAAUAUCAAAAGAAACAAUUUAUAACAACAGAUAAUAAUAAUAAUAACAAUAUUAUAGGCAAGUGUGCAAAAUUCAAUAUUAUCGAUUGGUUAUCUGAAGCCUGGUCAUCUGGUCUAUUAGAUUCACCGGGUUUAGAUGUAAUUGAUGAUGAUGAAUUUGCAAAUUUAUUAAAUUAUGUUCGAAAUACCUUCUCCGGUAGUCAUUUAUGGCAUAAUUCAAAUGAACUCGGUGUUAGUCUAGCCUACGGGGAUGAUUAUGAUAAAGAAGGCGUGAUGAAUAGUGUAGAAAAAUUGAUGAGUAGUAUACAGACAAAAUCAGAGAUGAUUAUAAUUCAUGGGGAUGCUAAUUAUACUACUGCUAAUACUACUGCAGUUGUUAAUGAUGGUGAUAAUACUAUUAGCAGCCAGUAUAAUAGCGGAGAGGACAAUGAUUUCAUCAUAUCAGGAAAACGUCGUCGAAUUAGUUAUGCUGCUGCUACACAGUCUACAAGAAAAUCAUUAUACAAUCAAAAAUUAACAUCAUCAUCAUCAACUAUACCACUAACACUGUCGACGACAAAGAAAACGUCGUGUCAGUAUUCUUUGAAUCCGUGUUGGGUAUUAUUGGCUAACUGUCUAUUAGAGCAUGGAUGUAUUAAUAUACUGAAGAAUCUGGAGAAAUUAACACCACCAGGACAAGAAUCACCCAUCAAUGUGAACUUCAAAUACAGUUGGAUCUGGUUGAGAUUUUGUCGGUUAAAGUCACGCUUUGAUAAAUUGACUAGCCCAUUAUUUAUGUCUAAGUCAACUGGUGAAAAAUCAGCCUUUCUAACAAGUAGUAGUAGCAUUACUAAUAAUCAUUCAGCUAUUCCAGAUCUAUUGGAAUUAGGUUGUACACUCAAUCAGAUACAACUAUUAGCAACACUGGCUAAACAUUGGUUCAAUUCAACAACGCAUUCAGAUGUGUCAAUUAAAUCAUUCAUUAGUGAGAAUCCUGUACAACUAAGCAUAGAGACAUAUCUAUCCUAUGCUAAACUUGUAGUAUUCCUUUUCCGUUUAGGAAUUUUACCGCAAACAUCAAAUGAGGAAUUCUGUGACAGUCGAAUGAAUUCAACAGUUCUUCAAUCGUAUAAUUCAUCUGUUUUAUCAAAAUCUAUCAAUGAUUUACGCAAUACAAGACUGAUGUCUAAUCAACCUAAUGAUGAUGAAAUAGACUUGACAGAAAAUGCAACUAAUCAAUUGACCACUACUAUUAGUGAAUAUCUUCUACACUCUGCACUUCAAUCUUCACUAAAGUUGAAUUCUAAUGGCGGUGAAAGCAUAAGUUUUACGCAGAAUGAAGUUUAUAAUAUAUGGAAAGAACAAGAACAACUGAUAACAGAUCAGUGUAAAACAAUAAAUCUGAGCAGUGCUCCAAUUGAUGAUGGUGAUGAUUAUGAAAAUAUGCCUACAUCUCAAUCGAUUAUACCAGAUUGGUUAACUUAUCCCCCGAGAAAUAUACAAUCUUUAUGUGCAUUAUGGCAAAUACCGUGUAAUGAAAAGAUUAAACGAUCACGUUUAGCUAUUUUAGGCUUUUUAUUAUGUGAUACAGCGGCUGAAACAUUUUUAAUCCAUUACAAACAUCAACAUUAUAAUAAUAAUCUUGGAAACAAUGAAAUGAUAAUUGAUACUGAUGAUAUUAAUAGUUGUAGUACUAAUGUUAAUAAGGUGAAUAAAUGUAACACUGUUCAAAUUGACGAUAAUGUUGAUUGUAAAAGUUCUGAAGCAUUAAAGGCUUUAAAAAUGUGUCGUUAUGUAAUGUCUUUGUUUGUCAAAGCAUUCCCUUCGGCUUAUUCUCUUAUCCCGACGAUCAUAUCACUUUGGCUAAUGGAUCGAGGUUAUUUUCAAGAGUCUAUCUCACCGCAUAUACUAUCUUUUAUCAUUAAUUCUUCUGUAACACAAGUAGUGCCAGUGUCGUCAAAUUGUCCAGUGUACAAAGAUCUCUUCCCAAAUCAAAUUAAUAUUAUGAUUAAUUUAUUUAAACAUUAUGGAAGAUCUGAGUUAAUCGGUGAUUUAUUAAAAUAUUUAACAAUUAACACGCCCACUUCAAUUCAUCAUCAAUUAUCAUCUAAAGGAUUGUUUAAUUUUGCCAACACUAAUGCUACUACUAAUAAUAGUAGUAAAUCUGAUAUUUUAAAUAUGAAACCAAUUGGUGCACCAUACUUAGCUUUAUCAAAAUUGCGUAAUUUAGUUCAAAAAUUGAAUCGAUUGCAUAAUUGUACACCUUUACCAGCUGAUAUGUUGACUUCUGUAGACAGAUUGGCGCGUGAUUCGUUAAUUCAACUGGCUGAAAUCUGUAGACAAGCUGGUCGAUUAACUGAUCUGAUCGGUUUAGGUUUAAAUAUCUGGGAGGCUAAAGUUUUAUUUGAAUAUUAUCAAAAAACUGGUCAGCAUAACCUGUUAUUCCAUUGUUUAAUUGCUCGUUCACAAUAUGAAACUGCUAUGGCAAUAUUUAAAGAUUGUCGACGUACAGGCGUAUUGUAUAGCAGUAAUAACAAAAGCAAGCGUGGAUUGUUCGGCACCAGCAGUGGUGUUAUGGAUAAUGAACAAAGAAGACAACUUCAGUUAAUGGCACAACUACUUAAUUCAUGUCUACCGUUAAUAAAUACUUCUACUACUACCACUACUGCUAUUCAUGAUGGAAAGACUGAACAUUUCAAAGCUUUAGCUAAUGAAUAUAUUAGUAUGGAUGAUUUUCUGACAAAUUCUGAGUCCUCUUCAUUAAUAAACAACACUAAUGGUGUUGACGACAAAAAUCCUUCUUAUAAUGCAGCUGCUGCUGAUAUUAAUAAUAAUAAUUUCAUGGUUCACGAUUACGUAAGAUCAGCAUUACCAGGUGAAUUAAAAAAGUCAUCAAAAAAGUGUACAGCAAAUUCGUUAACCGAUUCAAUAAUCGAUACUGCUGAUACUGCUGCUGUGAUGAUAGAUAUUGGUGUCAAUAAUAAGUCGAAUGCAUUUCUCCUUGCUAGUAAUAAAAAAUAUCGACAAGAAUUUUGGAAUUUAUUCAAAGAGUUGAAAAGUCUUAAUCGAAGUUGUGGAUUAAAUCCAGAUCUCUAUUGUAAUGAUAGAGGAGGUCGUCUCAUGGAUUGCACUGCUUCUUCUUCUGUUGUCAAUAAUAAUACUGGUAUUAGUAAUAUAACAGCGACAACUCCUGGGCAACCAGUUACACUGAAUGAAUCUCGUGUAAAAUUUAGUAGAAAACGUGAAUUCCCCUGUAAAGAGGAUGAUAUUAGUAAGCAGUUGUUAAAAUGUAUUUACACACCACCAUCUUGUGGACGUAAACAACUUCAUGCGAACUCUGCCAGUAGUAGUCGUAUUAUAUCUUCGGAGUCAUUAUUUAAUGAUUUAAAAUCUACUCCAGUCAAUCAAAAGCCGACUUCUAUACUCAAGACGAGACCAUCUAUCCUUGACAAAGGAAGGUCUAUGCCGGUAGGAAUAACAACAACAACAACGACAACAGUGGCAUUCACAACAACAAUUACGUCGAGCAUAUCGUCUCAACCGACUGUGUAUUCUGCUCCUUCCUCUUCUUCUUCUUUAUCACUGUCAUCAUUUUCAGAAGGCUAUAUCUCAUCGUCGACUACUUGUACAGCUACAUCGUCAACAUCAUCAACAUUAACGACAACUAGUAGUAGUAGUACUGUUGACAAACCAAUUCCAGUAACAAAAGAAAAUUAUUUACCCAAAGAUGAUACUAUUGUAUCAAGCCAUAAUUAUAAAGUUGUCAGUGGUGAAGAUGACGACUGUGACAUCACUUUGAAUUUAUCUACUGUUUGUCCAAGCAGUAUGGAUUUUGAUUAUCUGGAGGGUAAAUCAAGCCUCAGUGUAAAUAAUGAUAAGAAGCGUACAGACUUCACUUUUUCUGCUCCUCGACGAAUUUCGUUAAAGUCUAGUACAAUUGUUUCAGAUAGUAAGAAUAAUAGCACAACACUUAAAGAUAAGAAAGAAUUCAUCUUUUCUUCUCCAUUAAUAAGGCGAACAGUUACACAUGUUAAACAAGUUGAUAUUAUCUCCCCAGGUGUAACAGCUUCAACUGAUGACUGUGAUGAUAUGUCGAUUGUAGAGAAUCUAUUCAAUUCUGAUCAUAUUACACCUUCUGAAAAGUAUUUUAUUGAAACUUCGGAUGCACUUCUUACCCAACCUCCAAUUAUCACUUCAUCGAAGAUACGACGAAGUACAGUUAUAACUCCAAUUAACGAAAAACAACCUGAUAAAGAAACCACUGAUUCAAUAGAUGAAGAUAUCUCUAGAAGAGUUACACGAUCCUAUCGAACACGUGAUAUUAAAACACCACCAAAACUGUCUCCUGAUAAAUUAACAACAGAAGCUCUAUUUGAUCAGUUGGAUCGUUUAAAUGAAGAAAGAUUUCGUCGUUCACAAAAUCCUACAACUGAUGUAGAUGAUUUUGAUGAUACCUCAUCUAUAGCAAGUUCUGUUACAGACUCAUCAGAAACGCCAAGACGUUCUACCAGACGAGUUAAACGCCCACAAAGAUUUGAUCCUUCAGCAGUUUAG